AGAAGAACGUACUUCCGCAUAAACAGGAACUUAACGGCUAAGACAGACAGUCAUGAUAUAAAUACAUACCUACAUAUAUAUAUAUAUAUUUUAAUUAUAAUUGUGUACUUUUUAAAAAUAAGUAUAAAGAUAAUGAACUCUCUGGUGGGAUACGGAGUUUCCUCUGAGUCAGAGGAUGAAGAGGAAACACAGAGCGGAGCAGCAAAGAAUGAGGAGAAUGAGUCCAUUCAGAAGAAAUCACGCAAUUUCCUGUUGGAAUCUGGAUCAGCGUCCAGUGAGUCCAGUUCAGAGUCUGAGCGAGAUGAAGAGCAGGAAGAGGAACGUGCUCCAGUGAGCGUCCCCUCAUCCUCAGAGCUCCCGCUUCCUCCCACAGUCGGUUCUGCUUCUAAUAAACUGCCUUCGCCUGCUCUGGGGAGGUUCUGCGUUCCGGCCGGCAGCAGCGUGUUCACGAACCCGUUUAAAGAACGAGAUGAACAGAAACUCAACGCGCUCCAGAAACACGUCCCACUCACGUCCCACGCCCGGCCCACGCACAUCGGAGGGAAGAGGGUGUGUGUGGCUUACAGGAAAGAUGGCCGCUGCCGUUUCGGAAUCCGUUGCAAGUUUGCGCACGACAGCGACCUGCAGCAGAGCGUAGCAGAACCCGCUGUCUCGGAGUCGGACGCGAGUAACGCUGCGACACACACUCCGGCCUGCGGGGAGUCGGCUGAAGAGAGAGACAGAGAAGACGAGGAGGAGAACCAGAGCAGGAGGAAGAAGCACCGAGUGGGAGUGAGUGACAGUCUCAUCCCUCCCAAACGGGCGCUGAAGCAGUACGCCAUGCAGAAGAACAACGCCUCACACACACACACGUGAAGACGGGGUGUGAGCAAUAAGAUCUGAACUCAGGGUACAGUGUGUGUGUGUGUGUGUGUGUGUGUGUGUGUGUGUGUGUGUGUGUGUGUGUGUGUGAAAUUGCCCCAGGUGUGAGAUGCUGUGUGAAAGAUUGCUGUUUCAUCCAGGGCGUGUUUUUAGCAGAUAAUUUUAGAUACAAGAUAACUCCUUCACUGAGACUGACACAGAGGCCACACCCCCUUCACUGAGACUCACACAGAGACCACACCCCCUUCACUGUGACUCACACAGAGGCCACACCCCCUUCACUGUGACUCACAGAGGCCACACCCCCUUCACUGAGACUCACACACAGAGACCACACCUCCUUCACUAAGACUCACACAGAGGCCACGCCUUCUUCAUUGUGACUGACACAGAGGCCACACCCCUUCACUGUGACUCACACAGAGGCCACACCCCCUUCACUGAGACUGACACACAGAGACCACACCUCCUUCACUCAGACUGACACAGAGGCCACACCCCCUUCACUGAGACUGACACAGAGGCCACACCCCCUUCAUUGAGACUCACACAGAAGCCACACCUCCUUCACUGAGACUCACAGAGGCCACGCCUUCUUCAUUGUGACUGACACAGAGGCCACACUCCCUUCACGGAGACUCACACAGAAGCCACACCCCCUUCACUGUGACUCACACAGAGGCCACACUUCCUUCACUGUGACUCACACAGAGGCCACACCCCCUUCACUGAGACUCACACAGAGGCCACACCUCCUUCACUCAGACUCACACAGAGGCCACACCCCCUUCACUCAGACUCACACAGAGGCAAUAAACACUAACACAUGCGAGUGAAACUUAUCAUAAUUUGUCAAAACCUGUUCAGUUCAUUUUGAGGAAAAAACAACAAGCAGCUUCAGCGCUGAACUUUUAGACAUCAGUAUGUUGUAAUAUAAUAUCUGGUGCUGAACAUCGUUCAGUGAUUGACUAAGCGCAGAAUUCAGUGCAGCUCUACAGCAGGACUACACGAUCAUUAGCUUUUCUAAUCAACACGAGCACAGUCUGACUUUAUUUCUGUCUCUAGGACACGAGUCUGAUAACUGACUGAUAUUAGUCUGAUCACUGUCUGACGUUAGUGAUGGUAAUGUCCGACUCGUUUCAGUGAGUCAGAUCAUUUGACUCAUCUCAGCAAUAAAGAGUCGACUCUUUCAGCUCCUAAAUGACUCGUUACAACUCGUUUUCCUAAACCAGUUGAAGUUUCUGACGUCUAACGACGGCUGAAACUGUUUCACUGUUUCAUCUUUCUGUAGAAGCAUUUUGAAUAAAUUACAGUGUAAAAACAACACCUUCAACUUUCCUACAAAAAAAAUAAGGACAAGCUCAGCUCUCACAUGUGAGUCAGCUCCGGUUCAGAGAGCCGUCUGCCGUUCGCUUUUACAAACGACACGUCGCUAACCGACGUCACACUGUUUUAGUGGUUCAGUCUUUCCUUUUGUUGCCUCAUGUUUUGUGUAGAUCACGUGCAUUAUUGUUGUUUUCUAACGUCAAAAAAGUGCUUCAUAACAUUCAUAACAGUUUAGCAGCACAGACAAAGACAUAACUUUAUAAGAAUUAGAGCUGGUCCUGGAUCAGCCGUCGUAUCGUCCAUUAUUACUGCUAACUCUUCUUAAAAAUGCUUUUAAAAAGGUUGUGAAAAAGGUCAUGGCUUUGUAGGAUGCGAGGUCACGUGAUUAUACAACAUGGUACACACUCAUUUAGAGGAACAGAUUGUAAAGUAAUAUCACACUGAUUGUGUUUAAAUGCACAAUAAAAGUAUCAUUGUUUGAUUUAAAAAAAACAAAAUCAGACCAGAGUAAGAUGAGGUCUUAAAGCUGUAGUCAGAUUUCCAGAUUUAUGUUCAGAAAAUAUGAUGACUUUUUUUUUUUUUUUUUUAAACACAUGGAGAAA